AGAGAAUUCAUCCAAAGAUUAAAACUUGAAGCAACUCUGAAUGUGCAUGAUGGCUGUGUGAAUACCAUCUGUUGGAAUGACACUGGAGAAUAUAUUUUAUCUGGUUCAGAUGACACUAAUCUAGUAAUCAGUAAUCCCUACAGCCGAAAAGUCUUGACAACAAUUCGCUCAGGACACAGGGCAAAUAUAUUUAGUGCAAAAUUCUUACCCUGCACCAAUGACAAACAGAUUGUAUCCUGCUCUGGAGAUGGAGUCAUUUUUUAUACUAAUGUUGAUCAAGAUGCGGAGACCAACAGACAAUGCCAAUUUACGUGCCAUUAUGGAACUACCUAUGAGAUUAUGACAGUACCAAAUGAUCCCUAUACUUUCCUUUCUUGUGGUGAAGAUGGAACCGUUAGGUGGUUUGAUACCCGCAUCAAGACUAGUUGUACAAAAGAAGAUUGCAAAGAUGAUAUUUUAAUUAACUGCCGGCGUGCUGCUACUUCUGUAGCUAUUUGUCCCCCAAUACCAUAUUAUCUUGCUGUUGGCUGUUCUGACAGCUCUGUAAGAAUAUAUGAUCGGCGAAUGCUUGGUACAAGGGCCACAGGGAAUUAUGCCGGUCGUGGGACUACAGGAAUGGUUGCUCGUUUUGUUCCUCCCCAUCUUAACAAUAAAUCUUGUAGAGUUACAUCUCUGUGUUAUAGUGAAGAUGGCCAGGAGAUCCUUGUUAGUUAUUCUUCCGAUUACAUCUAUCUGUUUGAUCCUAAAGAUGACACUGCACGAGAGCUUAAAACUCCUUCUUCUGAAGAGAGGAGAGAAGAGUUACGACAGCCUCCCGUUAAACGCUUGAGACUACGUGGUGACUGGUCAGAUACUGGACCUAGAGCUCGGCCUGAGAGUGAGCGAGAGCGAGAUGGAGAGCAAAGUCCUAAUGUCUCAUUGAUGCAGAGGAUGUCAGAUAUGUUAUCAAGAUGGUUUGAAGAAGCUAGUGAAGUUGCUCAAAGCAACAGAGGAAGAGGACGAUCUCGGUCUAGAGGAGGGACAAACCAGUCAGAUGUUCCUGCUGUUCCUACUGGCCCAUCAAGUGCUGAAUUAGAAGUGGGUGAGACCUCAAUGGAAGUGGACACUCCUGCAGAGCAGUUUAUUCAGUCAUCUUCAUCUUCUACUAUGUCAGCUCAGGCACCUUCAACUUCAUCUUCCACAGAAAGCCCUCGUUCAACAUCUUUGUUGUCUUCUCCAGACACUGAACAGAGAUUAUCCUUAGAAGCUUCAGGAAACCAUUCACAUCAUCAGUCUGAAUUUUUGAGGGGGCCUGAGUUAGCUCUUCUUCGUAAGGGUCUACAACAACUGAGGCUUAAGAAGGCUGAGCAGCAGAAACAACAAGAGCUAGCUGAGGCCGCACAACGACAGCCUUCCACUUCUGAUCAGUCUUCCCCCGAGGGUUCCUCACAGGACCCUCAUCCUUCAGAUUCUCCUUCUUCUGUGGUUAACAAACAGCUCGGAUCCAUGUCCCUUGAUGAGCCACAGGAUAACAGUAGUGAAAAGCUGAGCCCACGACCAGGGACAGGUGAGCCAGUUUUAAGUUUACACUACAGCACUGAAGGAACAACCACAAGCACCAUAAAACUGGACUUCACAGAUGAGUGGAGCAGCACCGCCUCAAGUUCCAGAGGAAGUGGGAGCCACAGCAAGCCUGAGGAACAGGAUGCACCCCGAGGCCUCCCAAGCCCCUCCCAGCCACAGCCGCCCCCUCCAAGCGGGGAAGCCAUAGCUCCUGAAGAGUCAUCUGAGGAGACCACAAAGACUCAGGAGUGCAAAUAUGCAGAAGAAACAGUUCAAAAUCCCACAGAUCCAGAAACCGUUUUCUCUGAGUCUCUGGGAUGCAGCUCAGAAGAAAAAAAUGACCCCAACCAUGACAACUCUGGCAAAGUUCCAGAAGAAUCCUCUCCAGAGGAAAAAAGCCAGGAGCAGGGCCCUUCCACUCAGCCCAGCUCGGAGGGAGCUGCCCAUGCAGAGGACACCCAAGAUGAGCAGCAGGCCCAGGCAGAACCCCCGGGGCCGCUCCCUCAGGAGGAAACCUUAGCCCGGAGCUCCACUUUCCAGGAAACUGAUGACAGUGAUGACGAGCCGGUCCUAAUCCCAGGUGCGAGAUAUCGAACAGGACCAGGGCAUAGAUUUAAUGUCAGAGGAACAGCAAUAGGUGAUAGAAUAAUGAGACGAUCCGCUGUUGCCCGAAUUCAGGAACUCUUCAGGAGGAGGAAAGAAAGGAAAGAGAUGGAAGAACUAGACACUCUGAAUAUCAGGAGGCCCCUCGUAAAGAUGGUUUACAAGGGUCAUCGCAACUCCAGGACAAUGAUAAAAGAAGCCAAUUUCUGGGGUACUAAUUUUGUGAUGAGUGGCUCUGAUUGUGGCCACAUCUUCAUUUGGGAUCGCCAUACUGCUGAGCAUUUGAUGCUUUUGGAAGCUGAUAAUCAUGUCGUGAACUGCCUACAGCCACAUCCAUUCGACCCAAUUCUAGCCUCCUCUGGCAUAGAUUAUGACAUAAAGAUCUGGUCACCCCUUGAAGAGUCCAAGAUUUUCAACAGAAAACUUGCUGAUGAAGUUAUAACUCGGAAUGAGUUAAUGCUGGAGGAGACUAGAAACACUAUUACUGUUCCGGCUUCUUUCAUGUUACGAAUGUUGGCCUCCUUGAAUCAUAUCCGAGCUGACCGUUUAGAAGGUGACCGAUCAGAAGGCUCCGGUCAGGAGAAUGAAAAUGAAGAUGAAGAAUAAUCAGCUUUACUCAGCAAGCACUUAGAUGUUCUGAAAUUUGUAUACAACAUUUAUUAUAUUUUUCCUUACAGAGCUUUAGCACAAUAUUAAGGGUUUUUUUUAUAACAUAACAUUUAUUUGGAACGAUUGUGUGCAUGAAUUUGGGAGAGUGUGCAAGAAAAAUUAGCAAAAUGUUUUUAAAACCUUUUGCCACAUAUGAGGGGUGCUAGAAGACACAGAGUGCAAUAUUUUCCCUAACCUGCAGACGAGGGAGCUUGGAUCAAUGUUCAAAAAUAAUUUUCAUUAUAGUGAAAAUGUUGGUUCAAAUAAAUUUCUAUACCUGCUAUUUGCAUGUUUGUUGCUUUCUAAUUAAAAGAAUUGGUUGUUUUAAAA